UCCAUGUUGGGCUCACCGUCCUGGAACAGCUGGCUUCUUCCGAAUGAGCUCUAUUUAAUGUUGAACCACGCAACACUGCCUUAUACGAAGCUUGGACAGGUUUAAUGCAUGUGCUUAUUUUUCUUAGUUUUUUGUUUAAAAAAUCUUAUUCAAAGGAUUUUAAACUGUCACUAAGUGAUUCAAAACAAAUGCAUACAUCCUCAAACGAAUGCAGACCGUACGAAAAAUGCAGCUCUAAUUUUUGAAUAUUUUUCAACCUGCACAACAUAGCACAAUUCCGUUUCGCACCGGAUUUACAAGCCACCACGCUUGUGUUAGUGCAAUCUGAAAACAACAUAAACAUCAGCUGGCAGCUGCGUAUAGCUUUAAGCGCAACUAGCUAGAAAGAGAACGAGCUCGUUCGCAUCGCAUCGUUUCACCCAUGCGGUUAUAGCGUCGGGUUCAGUGCUGCGGUUUCAACCAUCGAGCAUCGAUGAGAGAAGCAGCUCACCAGGGAUUUCAAAUUCGUUUUUAACUCGCGUGAGUACGGUCAUGGGUCUCGUCGCUGCUUGAGUUAGAAGUUUAUUUUUUUCGUUUUGUACAACUCCUACACUACGUAGGACACGAAACUUACACCGUUAAAAAUAAGUGUGAUGUUAAUUAUCUUAUCUACACGAACAGUGCGUGCAGUGUGUUAAUAUUACAGUGGAAAACUUAUUUUAAAAGUGUGGGCCCAAAAACAAAAGUGUGACUGUGUGGCAAAUGAUGCAAUAACAGUUAAAAAGGAAACGAUCGUCUUUUGCCAUUCACAAUCGAUCGUCUGUGCCUUCGACAUCGAAAACCGGGCCAAAUUGUGUAGGCGGGUGGGUUUAUACAACGGCACCGUGAAGGUCGUGCUGGUGGAAAAUCGUCUUGACAAAGUUAUCUUUUGCUGUGUGAUUUAGCCCGAUCAAAUGGUAUUAGCCAUCGUCCACGGUCAGUGUUCACUUCCCGUGUGUGUUGUAACCGGUGUUGCCAUAGCUGCGGACGUUUGAUCGUGAUUAGACCAGUGUGGUUAAUAAAAACGAAACAAAAACUUCGUGCAUCAUGGUGCGCAGUUUGUCACAGUGGACGAAAACGUUGAGUUUUCCGGCACGCAUAUCGCCCAACCGGAACUCGAAGGAUUGCAACGUGAACGUGCUGCCGAUUACACCUCCACCGGCACCGCCACGUAACAAGUCAACCUCCACAUCCUCGUCCAGCACAAUGUCCUCCACAUCUUCACCGUCCUCUUCGUCAUCUUCACCGACACCACCGCCAAAUGUGCCGAUUACGGAAAUUAGCCAAAUUAUCUAUCCCGAUCCCGAGUCAGAGAAGGCCAUCAUGGGCUCAUUGGUAUUCUGCAUUCAUCACAAGCAAGGCUGCAAAUGGUCUGACGAGUUGAGGAAAUUGAAGGCACAUUUGAAUACUUGCAAACACGAUGCCAUCCAGUGCCCGAACAAGUGCGGUUCCCAAAUACCACGCGUGAUGAUGACUGACCAUCUGGCGUUCACGUGCAUCCUGCGACGUGCCAUCUGCGAGUUCUGCAAUGUGGAGUUUACCGGCAUUGGGUUGGAGGAGCACGCCGGCACCUGUAGCUCGGAACCGAUCUACUGCGAGUCCAAGUGUGGCACGCGUGUUCUGCGUGGUCGCAUGUCUAUCCAUCGUGCCAAAGACUGUGCCAAACGUCUCCGUCGGUGUCCUCACUGCGGCCGUGAGUUUUGUGCCGACACGCUGGCCGCUCAUGGAGCUACUUGUCCGCGCAGCCCAAUCCCGUGCCCGCAGCGUUGCGAUUCGGGACCCUUUGCCCGGGCCGAUCUGGAUGCGCAUCUGCGCGAUGAGUGCAAAGCGCUGACGGUGCCAUGUACGUUCAAGGAAGCGGGCUGCCGAUUCAAGGGCCCGCGCCAUCUGCUGGAAGCUCAUCUGGAGGCGAACACGUCCGCUCAUCUGUCGUUGAUGGUGGCGUUAUCGGGCCGACAGGGACAACAGAUUAACAUGCUGAAAAGCGCCAUGGCGAAGCUUAGCACCAACUACACAGGCACGCUGCUGUGGAAGAUCACCGACUGGUCGGUGAAAAUGCAGGAGGCAAAAACGAAGGACGGUCUGGAGCUGGUGUCACCGCCAUUUUACACCAGCCAGUACGGCUACAAACUGCAAGCUUCGAUGUUUCUGAACGGCAAUGGACCUGGCGAAGGAACGCACGUGUCCGUCUACAUCAAGGUGCUGCCGGGAGAGUACGAUGCGCUGCUCAAGUGGCCCUUCUCUCACUCCGUCACCUUCACGCUGUUCGAGCAGGGUACACUGGGUAACGGUGGCGGUGGACAGGGAGGAGUCGCAGAAUCAUUUGUGCCGGAUCCGACGUGGGAGAACUUCCAGCGGCCAUCUACCGAACCGGAUGCGCUGGGAUUCGGGUUUCCACGAUUCGUAUCGCACGAGCUCCUCAACAGGCGUCCCUUCGUACGGGAUGAUACUGUGUUUUUGCGUGUUAAGGUCGAUCCCAGCAAGAUUGUGGCAGUGUAAACCACAUAUUGUGUGUUUGUUUGUUUGUUUGUUUGUAAAUAGAUCAUGCGCGCACACUCACCCUAUACUGGCCCUUUGUAUCGUAAUGUUAGGGCGCCUCCAAAACCAAUCAAACCAUAUGUACAUAGUUUCCUACUCCCGAGAUGAAAUAACCCUUACCACCUUCACCAUCAGCACCCCGUCAGUCUUAGUCAUUCGUGUGGACCAAUCGAGUAGUUCUCUCCCGGCGAGAGAAGCUCCUUCGAUGGCACACACUGGUGGGGACUACUUCCAGGACGUUGGUUCUCGUUCCGUUUCGGCAAUCGGAAUGGAGCGGGAUACCGCGCAAACGAUAUCUGCGGCUUGCACCAAAAGUAGGAACCAAACGGAACAAAGGUACCCCCUUUUAUGGGGGUGACCCUUGUACCGUGAAGGAUUGUUUGCUUGUAAGUGAAUACGAGUGUACGAAACACACUACAACGAAAAUCAGCUUCGAAAUCUCAUAAUUGCUUUUAAGGACUGAGCGAAGCGCCUCAUGGCGUGAAACAGAUAGAUUAAGACUGUUAGAGCAUAGGCAAAAGGCAAUCAUGUGCAAAACAGCGAAACUAAACUCAUCGUUCGAAUAAUAUUGUACAGAAAAUGGGCCUUUUAUCUACACACCAAUGGGUGCAAGCUAAAUCAAAUUUGCUAUAACAUUUUAGGUUUUUGGAAUGAAAAGUAACACAAACGAAUGGUACGUUAAAUUGGCCAGCAGAAACUGACUAUAGCUUGUAAGAUAAUAGUUUCAUUUAACAUGAUUAUAGAAUAAUGAUAAUUUAAA